AAAAAAAAAGAUUCUAUCGUCGUUCUGUCAACAUCUAAUCAAAUAAAGGGAAUCAAAGGAUGGAGUUGAAUCAGUCAUCAGAAGACACUAAUAAUGCGCAAACUACAACUGCAUCCGAAACAUUGGAAGAGCUGCUGGCACGUCAUAAAAAGGAGCAGCGUGAAUUGAUUGCCAAGAUUACCGCUCUUAAAAAGACAGCCACCAAAAAGAAUAAGAAGGAGAUCACAACAGAAAUCGCUCAACUGGAACAUGCUCUUAGUCAACGGCAUGAAAAGGAGAACAUGGAAUGGCAUGCUGCCCAUGGCAAAAAUAACAACGACAACAGCGGCAAAAACAAUAUGAAUUUAUCUGGAUCUGGAAAUAGUGUUGCUCCUUCAAGCCCAUCACUCCAGUCAGCAGCAGCUGAAGAAGAGGACGAAUUUGAUGUCAACGACAUCCCCAUUGAUCACCUUAUUCUGGAGGCGGUGUCUACAAAGAAAGCUCCGUCUGCUGGACAACAGCAGUCCUCAGGAACAAGGAAACCCAAUCGGCAAAAGGCUCGCAAAGAAAGGAAGGCACAGGCGUUGAAAGAGAUACAGGAUGAAGCCGAAAAAGAGGCUUCAAGCCAAACCAAUAUGAAUGAAGUUGAAAAAAGUGCAAUUGAGGAACUGGCUCAAGCAAUGGGUGUUGUUGUCCAGAGUAUCAGUCCUGAUGGUCACUGUCUUUAUAAUGCCAUUGCGGAUCAGCUUCGACAGCAUUAUGAGACGGAGACAACGGUCAAAGAUUUGAGGCAAAAUACGGCAGCAUAUAUGCGAGAACAUGCGGAUGACUUUUUACCCUUUUUGACUAAUAAACAAGGAGAUAUGAUGUCCGAUAAGGAUUUUGCAGAGUACUGUAAUGAUCUUGAAUCCACUGCCGUUUGGGGAGGGCAGCCCGAGUUGCUUGCACUGUCGAGGCUACACAAGGUUCCAAUUUGGGUGGUGCAGAUGGGCAGUCCGACAGUUAAACUAUCAGCAGAAGUGUACCCAACAAAGACCCCAUUGAUGGUCUCCUAUCAUCGCCACAUGUAUGGAUUAGGUGAGCACUACAAUUCCCUCCGUCCCAAGCCAAAAGUGUAGAUAUAUAGGGCUCUGCAUGGAGAGUUGAAGAGAAACAUUAAGACAAAAAGACCCUGCUUAUCGUGCUUUGUUGUGUGUAUGAACUGCAUGAAUGGUUCUGUACAAAAGUUUUUGUAUUAGCAUAUUUCUAAGGGUG